UGAACCGGAUAGUUUCAUGUCCGUGUCUUUGUUUUUGUUUUGUUUUUUUGUAGCAUUUAUAAUUUAGCGAUGCACGCAGUUAUUCGAUAAAAUCAAGUGUUAAUGAUGUGCAAACAGAAUUGUUUUACAAGAUUUUUAUUUAUUUAAAAAGGUUUUUUACUUCCGCGUUUUUUUCAUUCUUAAAAUAAUUAUACACAAAAAAACAUCAUGAAGGUGUUGAGACUCUCCACCCAUCCCUCAUCGGUGGCCUACUCCAUGACCACCCUGGGGUCCAGUAUGAUGAACAGCAUUUUCAGUUUUUAUUACGUCAAACUCUUCCUGAACAAGUACAACAUAGCAGAGGGAGAUUUCCACAUGGCCCAGGUGGUGUAUAUGAUCUGGAACUCUCUGAACGAUCCGCUCUUCGGUUACCUGCAGGACAACUCUAGCAUUCCGUGUUGCUCUCGGAGAAGGUUGUCCAUCCUGUACGGAGCUCCGUUCUACUGCCUGGCCUUCCUUCUCGCCUGGUUCCCGUGGCGAGCGUACGAGGAUGGAGAUCGACUGAGCGGCCUGCACCUGGUCAUCACGCUGUGCGCCUUCGACGGCAUGCUGACAUUCGUGCUCCUGGCCCAGUGCGCGCUCUUCGCCGAGAUCUCGGAGAACCAUCAGAUUCGCCUGAGGCUCAUCAAGUACAGCCAGGUGGCGUCUAUGCUCGGUUCCUCCAGCGUGCUCUUCUGCGGCCUGGUCUCCAACAACAUGGACAACUUCUUCGCCUUCCAGGUGUUCUGUGUGCUGGUGGCGCUGCUGGGAUGCGGCUGCAUGCUCUACACGGGCUUCCACUGCGAGAGCCGCUUCGACGCCAAGGUCGCGGCCACGAGCUCGCAGCAGCAGCCUCCUCUGUCUCUCGCCGCCGUGGCGACCAUGACGCGGGAGAUCCUCACCAACCGAGACUUCCAGAUCUUUGUCUUUAUGAACUUCUUCCAGGUUUUUCUCUUAGCCUUCUUCAACAACUUUGCCAUUAUCUUCGCCGACCACCUCAUCCCUCCAGACGCUCUGCCCUCACUCGCCAAGAGCUUCAUGUACGGAGCCGGAUUUAUGUGCCCUCAGCUGCUGGUGUUGUGCAGUCAGAAUCUGCUCCAUAUCUUUGGUUAUUAUCGCAUCAUCCUCAUCACCUUCGCUGUAGAAGCAGGAGGAGCCGUGACCAUGCUGCUGCUCGGCCCCACACACUACUACUGUCUGUCUGUGUUCAUCACCAUCAACAUGAUUCUGGUCCAGGCCGCGUUCAGCCUCUUUAACCUCCCGCUGGCCGACAUCAUCGACUCGGACCUGCAGAGACACAAACGCAGCUCUCCACUCUCCUCCAUGGUUUUUGGGACCAAUGCUCUCUUCACCAAACCCGCCCAGUCUUUAGCUCCCAUGUUGGUGGUUUCCAUUUUAAACCAGUACGGCUAUGAGGAAAUAAAGGGCGGGAACGUUACAGAUCAGAGUGCACUGAAGGCUCUCCACAGCACCAUGUUCUACCUGGUCUGCUUGGUCCCGUUGUGCAUCACCAGCCUGCAGUUUCUCUCCUGGAAGCCGUUUUCCAUCAGAAACAGUCACACGACUGAAACGAAGUACGUAGAGGGAUGAUUUGAACGAGAUCCUCCAUCGUUUCAAUCGAUAUGAUUACGAUUACCAUAGGGGAUUUAGGAUUUCAUUUAUAUACAGGUUUUGGGGACAGAAAUAAUUUUUCUAUUAUGAUUGGGACAUUUUACAAUUACUGAUGCCGUUAUACAUUUGCAAGAAUGAGAUGUUUACAUUGCUGGUGGUGGUGUUGGUACAGAAGCUCUUGAGAUGAUCGACAACGUCAUGAAUAGAGAGAUUGUACUAUACUGCACUAAUUAUAUUAUUACUUUUAAACAUAUAUAUAUAUAUAUAUAUAUAUAUAUAUAUAUAUAUAUAUAUAUAUAUAUAUAUAUAUAUAUAUAUAUAUAAAAGAAAAAAUAAACGAUUUUGCAAUUUGGGACGUCCCUUAUUAAUUCCAGGGGUGCCAAUAAUUUUAAAGCCUAGUGUUUAUAAGGAUUGAUUUGUUUGAGAACUUUAUGUUGAUAGUGAAUGCAGGUUUGAUGGUCCUGCACAUCAGACCUUCAGUACAAUUCAGUUUUAUUUGUAGAGCACUUUUAAAAAAUAAACAUCUCAAAUCAGCAUUA